UUUGUUUAGGCCCGUAUCGAGGAGCUGGAAGAGGAAAUAGAGGCAGAGCGAGCUGCUCGUGCUAAAGUGGAGAAGCAGAGAGCUGAUCUCUCCAGGGAACUUGAAGAGAUCAGCGAGAGGCUUGAGGAAGCUGGUGGUGCUACUGCUGCCCAGAUUGAGAUGAACAAGAAGCGUGAAGCUGAAUUCCAGAAGUUGCGUCGUGAUCUGGAGGAGUCCACCUUGCAGCAUGAAGCUACAGCUGCAGCUCUCCGAAAGAAGCAGGCAGACAGUGUGGCUGAACUCGGAGAACAGAUCGACAACCUCCAGCGGGUCAAGCAGAAGCUGGAGAAGGAGAAGAGUGAAUACAAGAUGGAGAUUGAUGACUUGACAAGCAACAUGGAGGCUGUGGCUAAAGCAAAGGCUAAUUUAGAGAAGAUGUGCCAUACCCUAGAAGACCAGCUGAGUGAAAUCAAGACCAAGAGUGAUGAAAAUGUUCGUCAGCUGAAUGACAUGAAAGCACAACGUGCAAGACUUCAGACUGAAGAUGGUGAAUUUAGCCGUCAACUGGAAGAGAAAGAAGCUAUUGUUUCACAGCUAACUAGAGGAAAACAGGCUUAUACACAGCAAAUUGAGGAACUCAAAAGGCAUAUUGAGGAAGAAGUCAAGGCCAAGGAUACUCUGGCCCAUGCGGUUCAGUCUGCCCGUCAUGACUGUGACUUGCUCAGAGAGCAGUAUGAGGAGGAGCAGGAGGCCAAAGCUGAACUCCAGCGUGGAAUGUCUAAAGCCAACAGUGAAGUGGCUCAAUGGAGAACCAAAUAUGAGACUGAUGCAAUCCAGCGAACUGAGGAGCUUGAGGAAUCCAAGAAAAAGCUUGCCCAGCGUCUGCAGGAUGCUGAAGAAUCCAUUGAAGCGGUGAACUCCAAGUGUGCUUCACUGGAAAUGACCAAACAGAGACUGCAGGGUGAAGUAGAGGACCUCAUGAUUGAUGUGGAGAGGGCGAAUUCAUUGGCUGCCAACCUUGACAAGAAGCAGAGAAACUUUGACAAGGUCCUAGCAGAGUGGAAACAGAAGUAUGAGGAAAGCCAGGCUGAACUAGAAGGUGCUCAGAAAGAAGCUCGUUCUCUCAGCACUGAGCUGUUCAAAAUGAAGAACUCCUAUGAGGAAGCUCUUGACCACCUUGAGACCCUGAAGCGGGAGAACAAGAAUCUGCAACAGGAGAUUUCUGACCUAACUGAGCAGCUUGGAGAGACUGGAAAGAGUAUUCAUGAGUUAGAGAAAGCCAAGAAAACAGUGGAAUCGGAGAAAUCAGAGAUCCAGACUGCACUUGAAGAAGCUGAGGGCACCCUGGAGCAUGAAGAGUCGAAGAUUCUUCGUGUGCAGCUGGAGCUGAACCAGGUGAAGAGUGAGAUUGACAGGAAGCUGGCUGAGAAGGACGAGGAGAUGGAACAGAUCAAGAGGAACAGCCAAAGAGUGAUCGACUCCAUGCAGAGCACUCUGGACUCUGAGGUUCGGAGCAGAAAUGAUGCCCUGAGAGUCAAAAAGAAGAUGGAGGGUGAUCUGAAUGAGAUGGAGAUCCAGCUGAGUCAUGCCAACCGCCAGGCUGCUGAGGCCCAGAAACAGCUCAGGAACGUCCAAGGACAACUCAAGGAUGCCCAACUGCACCUUGAUGAAGCUGUCAGAGGACAGGAGGACAUGAAGGAGCAGGUGGCCAUGGUGGAGCGCAGGAAUAACCUGAUGCAAGCAGAGAUUGAGGAGCUGAGAGCUGGCCUGGAGCAAACAGAGAGAGGCCGCAAAGUGGCAGAGCAGGAGCUGGUGGAUGCCAGCGAGCGUGUGGGACUGCUGCACUCACAAAAUACAAGUCUUAUUAACACCAAGAAGAAGCUUGAGGCUGAUCUGGUCCAGGUUCAAGGUGAGGUGGAUGAUGCAGUCCAGGAGGCUAGAAAUGCAGAGGAGAAGGCCAAGAAGGCCAUCACUGAUGCUGCCAUGAUGGCUGAAGAGCUGAAGAAGGAGCAAGACACCAGUGCUCACUUGGAGAGGAUGAAGAAGAACCUGGAGGUGACUGUCAAAGACCUGCAGCACCGUCUGGAUGAAGCUGAGAGUCUGGCCAUGAAGGGUGGAAAGAAACAGCUCCAGAAACUGGAGUCCAGGGUGCGCGAGUUGGAGUCUGAAGUUGAAGCUGAACAGAGACGUGGUGCAGAUGCUGUGAAAGGAGUUCGCAAAUAUGAAAGGAGAGUUAAGGAGCUCACCUACCAGACUGAGGAAGACAAGAAGAACGUGAUCCGACUGCAGGAUCUGGUAGACAAGCUGCAGCUGAAAGUGAAGGCCUACAAGCGCCAGGCUGAAGAAGCUGAGGAGCAGGCCAACACUCACCUGUCCAGGUACAGGAAGGUGCAGCAUGAGCUGGAGGAGGCUCAGGAGCGCGCUGAUAUCUCUGAGUCCCAGGUCAACAAGCUUGGUGGGGGGGUAAUGUUAAUUAUGAUUAAUAUAUUUAAGUUUUGGAUUAAAAACAUCACAUUACUUUUAAUUUUCUAAAUUUAAAUGUCUUUUUUGGUUACUGAAGAGCAAGGAUGAAGAAUGAAGAUGAGGCAUCACACCACAUCUACAAGCAAGCAUAUAAUAUGACUUACUUGUGCUGUGUCUUACAUAUGCAUUAAAUACAGUCUCUCAAGGCACUCUUGGUUUAUGUCAUUUUAGCAAAACUGGUAGAUCUUUGAAGUAGGGAUGCAAUGAUUAUAGAUUUUGUUGGUACAAUUAUAGACUGAGGAAAAAUCAUGUUUUCACAGUUAUCAUGAAUAUUAUGCAUUCAUUAAUUUCACAACACUACUAAUGUAUAAAAUCACAUAAAUACUCUUUAGAUUUCAAAGUGUUAUUUAUUGCUACCUUUUGAAACAGAAAUAACACAGUAACCAAAUAAUACAUCACAAAAUAAUAGUCAAACAAAAAUCCAUCUCUUCCUUUGAAAUAAAAAGGUGACCUCUGCUCUGUAAA